UGUGAUUUGAUAUAUGGAUUGUACGCGCGAAACUCAAUUUUAUCUGUUGUAGUUAUGUUAGAAUUUUGUGUAUGUCAUUGUUAUAUAUUGCGCUUAUUAUCAAAAACAUCGCCUAAUAUUUUGGGAACCUGUUAUGUUACUCUUUUUUGAGAAGUGUACUGUAAUUUUUAAUUUUGUAAGUGUAAUUAAAGGUAUAUUUUGUCCAUGUAUAUCAAAACUGUAUCUCCAUCAUGGAUAAGUUGAUGGACCUAUUUGAAAAAGCUUUGGAGAAGAAGCGAAAAGAAGAAGAAUCUGAAGAACCAUUUCAAGUCCGCUUGAAGAACUGCCUUGAAAUGUGUAGAAGCUUGGAAGGUGUAAUAAGUAUGGCUGAGGCAAAGAGGGAUCUUCCAGAUCACAGCAUAGGCAGUGUCGCUGAGGCAUUGUCAUUUCUAAAGAAAUUUGAAGAUGAUAGGACUAGUCAUUUAUAUGCUACAGAUGUACCAAGUACCGCAGCUGUGAUUUGUGCAAAUGCCAUUAGAAAAAUUAUAUCUACAGGAGAUGAGCAGGAUUUAGUAUCCAACCAGAGAGAUUUAUUGAAUUCUGAAAAGAGGGAACAGUGUGAAUCACUAAUUACUAUAAUGAAAAAACUUGUGGGAAAGAGUAGAUUUAACAUUGCUGGUUUCCAGAAUGAUUUUAAUCAAGUUGACAACAUGCCACUGGAAGCACUGUGGUAUUUCAUGUCAGCAGCUCUAAUCCCACUGCCAGUUUAUAUAUUAAGUCAGUCAAAUCAUAUGAACUUUGUGAAGAACUUUGCAUGUAGGCUUGUCCAGUUAAGCACUGCUGGUGGAGAUGAAAUCCAGAAAAGUGAAAGAUGUUCAGAAAUUGCGGUAUCCAGAACACAAGAGGUAGUUCGUGACAUGUUUAUUGCAUUGUUGACUUCCAGAUACUGCCUAAGUGAAGGUAUUACUCCAACCAUAAAGGGAAAGCAGAGUGCUGAAAUAUGUACUCAGAUUUUGGAUGCACUCACUCAACAGACAACGGCACUGUUGCUCCAACACGAAAAAGCAAGACUACCGAAUGGAGACUUGUACCAAAUGUGUCUGACAGCACCACUUCGUUCACCACAGGCUGCAUUGGAACAGCAUGCAGGCGGCCAACUCAGGUCUCUUCUUUCAGCUCUUCCUACACAUGAAUCUGCAGAGGACUUAGAAAUGGACGAUGUGACAAUGGAUGUAGAGGGAAUAACAGAGGAAAGUGUACGGUUGAUGUAUAGUGUAAUUAAACAACAACCAGACUGGACAGGUAGUACAGCUCCAAAAUCAUUAAGCAAAUUUUUAUCUGCAAUAGCUAAAGUUAUGAACCUGAAGGACAGUGUUGCAGUAGUGAAUGAAGCUAUUUUAGAUGUAAAAGUAAAUUGGCAAAUAUUAUUGCUGUUUGUGUCUUCACUGUGUAAAGAUGUGGAUUUGGCACCAGAUAAAAUCAAAGGACUCGUUCUGGACACCAUCCUUCGCAGUUUCUCUGAGACAAGUAAAUACUUAUUAGGUGCUGGACUGGUUAUAGCUCGACAGUGUUGUGCAUUAAGAUGUAAACAUUUCACAUCCUAUGCAGAGUGGUUUGGCCAAACAUUUGGGUCUGAAGCGGCCCAGGUAACACCAUCAACCACAUCUCAGCCAGCUUUUGAAUUUCUUAUGGGCUUUCUGGGAGAAAUAAUUCCUGUAGAACCAGCAUACUGCUUGAGGGUCCACAUCAAUAAGGUACCUUUAUCACCACCAAACUGUAAAAUUUUACUUGCGGAUUACAUACAGUUAGCAAAAUCUAGACUCAGUGAACUCAAUGAGGUACCUACUAUUGGUCUCUUUGGGUUUGAAAUGUCAACAGAUCAAGAAAUAGCCUACGUGCUGUCCAGUUUUGAAGAAACAGGAGAAGUGAUGCAGACAGUUCUGAAUGCAGCAGUAUUUCGCAGCCGUCACUUUGAAGCAGAGUUCUUGCCUCGCCUUCUUACUCCUAGAGUGCUACCUCACCCUCCUGAUGUCCGCUGUCGAUUUAUAGAUCAAUUACGCUCAAAGGGAAAAAUACCCAGUACCAUUUAUAAGAAGUACCUGAGUGAUUGUGCAGCUCUGAAAGGUAACAAACCAGAUAACAACGUGCCCCAGGAAGUUCUAAGCACAGAAAAUGCCCCUGAACUAUUUGUUCAGUUACAAGAAGCACUAGAGGAUUUGGCCUCUUCUCUCUUAAUGCAAGCAACAGAUGUAGAAGCAGCAUGGUCAAAAAUUGCCCUGUGCUUAGAAAAUAUGGCUGCUGCAGAAGAAUUUAGGAAUGCAUCAGUGUGUUUAAAGGUCAUACAGUUAUAUUUAGAAGUUUUUGUUAACUGUAUGUGGGCAUGUUCAGAAGAUUCCAUGAAGAAGUGGCCCAAACAAUAUGUGUGCCUGCUACAAUCAUUUCCAGAUCUUUGGAAAUUACUGUGCAAUUCUGUAAUUCAGUGGUGCCUGAGUGAAGAACAACUUCCUGAUCAUAAGGUUCGAGCAGCAGCUGUUUUGUUGUAUCUUAUAGAAUCAUUUGGGCCAAGCUUUUCUAAGUUACCAGUAGAGGACUCUGCAGAGUGCACAACAGUGGCACAAUAUGUUGCUGAUAGGAUCCCUCUCAGAGACACGAAAGACAUGAUACAUUGCAUAAGGCUAGCUGAACAGUACAUGCGAUAUGCUGAAUUUACAUGGGAACUCAAGGCUGAUAUUGAUGAUGCAGCAACCAGUUUGUGUCUGUUGCAAGUGGUGCCUGCUGUUCUUGUAAAGAAAUUUUUAUUUGCACAACAAAGACUGGAUUCUGAAAAGUUACCCCCCUUGUCGUGGAAACCUUCCAAGUUUUGGGCACAGUUCAUACAUAAUAAUCAGAUGACACUGAAUGAGUGGCUACAAGCAGAAGCUGACACGGCAACUGAAAGUGAAUCUGCAGGGUGUCGUCAGCAGAGGCUAAUAGCGAGGUGCUCUCCUCCGGACAAAGACACUCUUCCCAAUUUAUUCAACGCAGCAAUAACUUUCACUGAUGCAUCUCUGGAAUCUGAUCUUGUAUUAGUGUUAACUUACGUCAUGGAAACAAAUGCAGCUAAUAUUGGGUCAUCAUGGCUGUUGCAACAGUGGGCCAACCGAAAGCCCACAGAGGAUAAUCGCAUUUGCAGUAUUGUAACACGAUUACCUCCUUGGUUGAUCUUCACAUCUAACUAUUCUGUGACUCCAGGAAGGCAAAUAAUGCAAGACGUGGCAGCCUUUAUAACCAAACGUUUAGUGAAGAGCUUGUGUGACAGAGGAUUUCUUCCAAGCAGCUUCACAAGGCACAUACUCAUGGGAUUGUGUUCAGUAUGUCGUUCAUCUACAGAUAAAGCUGCUGAAUAUCUGUCUUACAUUAUAGGAUGUUGCCCAGCUUUUCAUGUGGCACUCUUGGUACAUGCAAGACAAGUCAGCCCUACCUUGCUGACAAAAUUUCCUGCUGAUGCAAAAGGGAAAUACACAUCUUUAAUGAACCUCAAAAAUUUAUUCUCCACCUUUUUACUUAACACAGGUUGUUGGGAAGUGCCAUCAGAAAGUAAAUUACAUGAAAUGAAGGUUGAUGAAUGGGAGAUUGGACUUACAUUAUGGUAUAGAGGCAAUUUGUCAGACCAUCGAAGAUGUAAUACUGCAACCUGUGUACAUCUUCCAAUUGAAAUACUUAAAUGGGUAUUAUUGUUUGGUGUAUUGGAUGUAGGAGUUCACAUCUCAGAAGGCAAACUGCCAGUGGAUUUGAAUGGUCCAGAACCACACCUAGAGAUACAGUCAAAGUAUGGUCAUUUCAUUACAGAACUUGUAACACUGGUUGAACAGUCUCCAGCAGUACUUCAGGUGUUAGACAUGUGCUGGAAGGAGCAAACAAGAAAUCCUGUACAGCACUUCCCACCACAUGUUCAGCAUUUGACAGCUGUAGCAGGUGUAGUGCUAUUUGCCCGAGAAUCUGUUUUGAGUCGCAUUUUGAAAACCACUGAUACAGCUGGUUUGUUGUGCCGUGGACUGCUAUCUUGCCUACAGCGGUGGACGGCGGACGUGUUUACAUAUUCAACUGAUGCAGAAUUUGUUUGUAGACGAACAUUUGUUAAUCCAGUAGUGGUCUCAAGAGUUUCAGGGUUUACUCAUAAGUUAGUUACAAAAAUAUCCAAAAAGUACAAUAUCACUGUACCUGGUUCAUACUUUUCACGUGUUAGAAAUCCUCAAGGUGAGACACUGUAAAUUAAGUGACUUCAAAAUAAAAACAAGUUUAUUUUCUUAUGAA